AUGAGCAAGCGGCCACACGACACAGUGGAGGAGACCAAAAAGAAGGCCAAGCUCGACGAGGCUAAGGAGGUCCCUGCUGAGCAGAAGCAUCUUCAGCCUGUGGUUCGCUUGCGAACUGGAAAGGAAGGAGACCUCACAGUGCAGUGGAGACACACACCGGCGGCGCCAGUCCGCGAAGUGAAUAGCGAAGAUGAUCUGAAGCAACUCUUUGCCGAGGAGACGGCCAGAGCUGUGAAGACCACCGAGGCUUGGGUGCGACAAGCUGAAGCAGAGUGGAUCGACCAAAUGGUCAAAGAGUUGUCGCCGGAGAAGAGGCACACCUUGCGACAGCAGUGGCACCGACUCCAGGCGAAAUCGCCCAAGGAUUUCUUUGCACGGUGGGGUUACACCUCAGAUUUUGCCAGCUUGGCCAUCGAGCUUUGGUUGGAAGACAAGACUCUGGAGGAGGUCUUGCAGAGAACCAGGGAGAUUGGGCAAUUGGAUGAUGAGGGAGAGAAGCUUCCGCCAGGCUACCUUCUUCAGGGCUCCUGGAUAGCAUCGUCUUUGGCGCGCAGGGAGGAUGGUUUGAGCUUUUCGCAGGUGCUGCAGAUGGUGCGCCGCUUGUCUGGCCCGGAGGCGUCCGUGUACACCAUCCGCGAGGAGAACUGCUUCGAGCAGGAGCCCUUCAACGAAGUGCCCGUGUCGGAGUUGAAGCCCACAGAACGACAAGGAUCAUUGAACACCACCUGGGACUAUGCCAAACGCCGCCAGAGUGGCGUGGAGCUCUUGGACAAUUACCAUGAGCAGCUGCGGCAACUUUUGAAGAGCUCAAAGCCAGUGGAGCUCAACCGGCUCUUGUAUUUGAUCUGGAAGCUGCCGCACUAUGUCACCUCCUACCACCAGGACACUCACGUGCCUCCUCACUUCACCCUUUACAACCAGGUCUCUGGGGUGAGCAUCUUCCACUUCUUACCGGUUCUGCUGGGCCUCUUCGUGACUCACGUGGGGCGCCAGGAUCCACUGAAGCUGAAGAAGGUCUUAGAUCAGCUGGAUGAGAUGAAGAUUGGCUCUUUGAUCAUCUUAGGACCCGGCGAGGUGGCCUUCAUCUCCCCCAUGGGCUCCCAUGGCGUUUGGGUGCCCGGCCCGCUGGAGCAGCCGGAGCCGUCCGCGGUGUCCUCCGAGAUGAUCUCGGUGAUCCGCGCGGCGGAGGUCUUCGUGCGGCCAGUCAUGGAGACGCUCAGGAAGCGCUUGAAGCGUGAGGAUUGGAAGAAUCUCAUGGAGGUUGGCCAGGAGGAGUUGGAGAAGUUGGAGAUCUACAAGGAGGCGUGGGAGUGGCUGGCGCCGGCGCAGCUUGAGCAAAGCAUUGGGGACUCCGGAGCGGCCAACACCAGAAGCGACUCCAGCACAGCAGAGUUCAGCUCAGCCAAAAGCAUGCCACAGUCGCAGUUCGUGGGUUCCCCUACCUUGGUUCAGCAGACUGCGGGCUCGGGUGGCUCUGGCACAGUGCCACUUCCCGUCUACACGCAACGGAGGGUGGAGUGGUGGGAUCACAAACCUCCACUGCCCUUUGAGCUGCAGAUCAUGUCCAGAUCGAUGCAUCGUGUCCGGAUGUUCGACGAGAAGUUCCUCUACCAGCGGCGCAUUGUUCGGGCACGCCAAGAGCGCCGGAAAGCCAAGGCUGCCGAGUGGACCGAGGAGCGAAAGAAGCUGCUGGAGGAGAAGCAGAAGACGAAAGAGGAACGCCGCCAACGGGCGCUGGAGGUGCUGGGCAGUUGGAUUGACUCCCACUGUGGAUGUGGCGUGACUCCAGGCGUCCCGGCCACUGGUGGCGUCAGCGGCGUCAGCGCGACCCGCGGCCCCACGGGCCCCACGGGCCCCACGCCACGCCCUCCCAAUCCGAGCACAAAGAGUCCUGAAGCACCAGCCCCAGCAAGCACAUCCAAACCGGCGGCGCCAGAGGCUGCCAAGAAGGAGGACGAAAACUCCAAGGUGCCUUCAGAGACACCUCCCAGAGCACCUGGACGUCCAGCGAGGCCCAGUUCGGCACCUGCGCGCCGUUCUCCCAGUGAGGUGCCUGAGAAGGCGACUGGCAGAACCGCUGCUCGACCGCCCAGACCACCUAGUGGAGGUGGUGCCCCAGCAUGGGCGGGCCGUGUUUCCAGUGGACACCGCUCUUCGCCGUGCGGACCGCGGUCGUCUUCUCCAGCGCCGGGCGCUGCGGGCCGUGCCUCGUCUGUGGGGCCGAAGGAAAGCAAGAAAGCAGAGGAGAAGGAGAGAGACCAAGGACGAGCUCGAAGUAGAAGCAAGUGGGAGGACCCGAGCGCCGAACCAGAUGCAGAGCCUGACACCACUGAGGCUUCAGCCAGUCCCAGACCCAAAGAUAGGUCUGAACACACUUUGCGGAACAAGAGGAGCGCCUCCUUCUCACUGGGUCGUCCCCAUGGCUCGCCCGCCAGCAUCGCGGCCCUGGCGCAGCAGAAAGCCAACGAGCGCGCGGCGGGGCGGCCGUGGUGGGAGCGGCUCUACGAGGUGGAUUCCAAUUCAGGAAACCCUCCGAAGGCCGGGCAGAAGAUCGAAGCCCACUCUUACUCGGUGCAGUCCCUCCACACUGCGCGCUCGGUCGACUCCUCUACACCACUGACCAGGCCGCCCUCCGCGCCCAGUGGCACGCCCCGCGCCAACAAGCCACCGGUGCCCAAGACGGCACCGGUCGCUGGCGCGGUCGCUGGCGGGCGGCCGGCGUCGGCGCCUCGGGCGAGGCCAACCAUCCCAGCCGAAGAAGCUGCACCGGUGGCACCGCCAGCGGUUUUCGCCACCACGACCGCCGCCCACGGCGGUGACAUCGGGCGCCCGGAGGCGAAGACCGCCUCUGCAGUCGUGCCGCCCACAGAGCCAAAGAGCGAGAAGGAGCGGAUGCCUUGGCAUUUGGCCAGCCCGCGCUUCUUCGGUGCUGACAGUGAUGAGGAAGGCGGGCCGAGCUUGAGCUCAACGACCCGAAUUCAAUCUGCGCGGGCGCUCACAAGGCUGAUGGAGCUGCAAAGGACACUCCAGACGUUGCAAACUCAGACCACAAGUACCCACAAGUCAGUAAGAGCAUCGACAGACAGUAGGUCCGACUGUGAGUCAGAAGCUUGCAGGCGACCCAAAUGCACAUACCUCAUGCUCUAGAGCAUGUUUUGUUUCACAACAUUGGUGUUUGUCAUUGUUUGUCCUCGGUUCAUGGUUGUUGUCAUUGCAAGUGCUUAUUUGGAACCCAUUCGAGAUCUAAGUGAAUGUCUCAGCUUUGCCGCUUUGUUGUCAAGCAACUCGAGGCCGCUUGUAUGAGUGAAUGCGGCCAGCUGUGAGCCUGCGGUGAAUAUGAAUUGUGUUUUGACCCAAUGAAACCAUGUACAGGUGUUGUCCUGAGUAGAAAGAAAUCCAAG